GCUCGUUUAUUGGGUGCCUCGCCACUGUUGUGGGACGUCACACGGUCCGGCACACUUCUACUCUGUGGCGGAGUCCAACGCACACUGACCUACAGCGCCUGAGCAGGGCCAACAAUGGACCUUGUACUGAAUGUUUCAGACUAUUACGUCUUUACUCCGUAUGUGUACCCGUCCAGUUGGCCUGAAGAUGAGCCUCUGCGACAGAUCAUUGGAUUGCUGGUGGUUACCAACUUCAGUGCUGCACUUUUGUAUCUUGGCCUGGCUGCUCUAAGCUACUAUUUCAUUUUUGACCACAAUCUUAUGAAACACCCUCAGUUUUUGGAGAACCAGGUGCAGCGAGAAAUGAAAUAUGCAAUGACUUCCUUACCAUGGAUCAGUAUUCCCACGGUUGCACUAUUCUUUGCUGAGGUCAGAGGCUACAGCAAACUCUAUGACAAUGUCAGUGAAUCUCCACUGGGUUGGCCAGGCCUGGUCUUCAGUAUGUUAUCUUUCCUCUUUUUCACCGAUAUGUGUAUCUACUGGAUUCACAGGUUCCUUCAUCACAAACUAAUCUACAAGCGUUUCCACAAGCCUCACCAUAUUUGGAAGAUCCCAACUCCCUUCGCCAGCCAUGCUUUCCACCCAGUAGAUGGCUUCCUUCAGGGACUGCCCUACCACAUCUAUCCUUUCCUCUUCCCCCUGCAUAAGAUCCUCUACUUGGUCCUCUACGUUUUCGUUAACAUAUGGACCAUCUCCAUUCAUGACGGGGACUACCGGGUGCCUGGCCUGCUGGAACAAAUCAUCAAUGGCGCUGCACACCACACUGACCACCACCUGUUCUUUGACUUUAACUAUGGGCAGUACUUCACCCUGUGGGACCGUAUCGGAGGCUCGUACCGCCACCCCGCCGCUCUGAUGGGGAAGAGCCCACACGAGCACAUAAAGAAGUUAAGGGGAGACGGCUCCUCAAAAGGCACCACUAAUCAUAGUAAUGGGGUUGCUGCUCAUUGCAAAAACAAGUAGCCAGCCAACUGGUUCCAUCAUAAAUAUUGAUAUCCAGAGACAGGCCUUUAUUCCUGAAAGCAUGUGCGUUACAUUUCAGACAUGUUCUCUUAAUCCCGUAGACAAGUCAAGGCUAAGAUCCCUGCAGUCUUAUCGUCACGGAGAAGAUGAAAAGCAGCUUAAAUGCAUCAAAGCAGGAGCAGUGAAGGAUUUGUGUGUGAAGCCUUCAGACACAGACUCAAAAUAAUUAAUAACAAAUGUCUCUCUCUUUAUUGUCAAAUAUAAGCACUUUAAUGGUAGUGAAGAGGACAGCACUGAACAUGAUUUUGAAUGAUUUCUUCUAUGUGCAUUGAAGCCCGUGAACUUUACAGACAUGUUUGUUAGCUUGAAUGCCGUAUUACGUGUUGCAGGCAAGCAUUGAACUUGGAACAAAUGUUAUUUUCUGCUGUAGUAAACUAUCCAUUAUGUUAUACUUUGCCAUAGUAUGGUAACAAACAGUAGAAAUGUUAUCUUCUGCCAUUGUGCACUGCAAAACAGUUGAAGUUUAUUUAAUUAAAGAAUCGCAAGAGGUGACAUUUCUGAAUCGUACAUUUCUGACUUUCAGUGUCCAAGAAGAAUGUUAUUGUGCUUAUUGUGUAUGACUCACAUUUUCCACAUUGUUGCUAUUACUAAGUUUAUCAUUAAUAGCAACCAAUGAACAUAUAGUUCUGUAUCCAAUCUUAAAGGCACUUAUAGAUUUCUUUUUAAGAAGAAUUUAAAUACAUAUUAUGUGGUCGAUAUGAUGUGAUAUUCCAAUAAAAAAACAAGUGUAGACCUAA